AUGAAGGUCACACUAGCGAUAGCAGCGGCGGUCUUGUUCGUCGUCAUGGCAACUACAGUGGACGCUGCAUCGGAGUGUACUCCAGGUGACACGAAGAAGGAAGACUGCAACACUUGUAGGUGCACUCCAACAGGCGUCUGGGUCUGCACGCGCAAAGGGUGUGUUACGAAGAGAGAGGCAGACGAGUCGUCCAUCGUGAAACGGGAAGUCCAGAGCUGUACACCCAACUCGAGCUUCAGGAUUGACUGCAACACGUGCACGUGCAACAGCGGUGGAACUUCCGCCAGCUGCACCCUGCUGGGAUGUCUCAACUCCAGGCGGAGACUGGUAAAAUGCGCUCCAGGAACGACCUUCAAGGACCAGUGUAACGUCUGUCGCUGCAGUAUCGACGGUAGGAGUGGCUCCACUGUGUUCGACGUUCGCCUUUGUGAAUUUCAGAUCUAA